AUGCGAGAUAAAUAUCGUUUGGUAAAAAGAACGCAGCUGAAAAGGUCUGAUGUUGACCGUAUUGGAAGUGAUGCUGAGAUAACAUAUGAUGUUGAAAUUUUCGACGAUGACGAUUUUUACCAACAACUAUUGAAGGAUAUCAUCGAGAAAAAAACAGCUCAAAUUGAUGAUCCGGUCUAUAUGAGCAGGCGCUGGCUUGAAAUUGAAAAUUUACGCCAAAAGCGGUCGAAAAAGAAGAAAGUGGAUACCAAGGCGUCAAAAGGUCGUAGGAUACGAUAUUUGGUGAUUCCACAGUUAGUCAAUUAUUAUCCAUCUAUGCCAGAAUCAGUUAGUUGGUCGCAUGAAAUGAGAAAUCAACUUAUGAAAUCGUUAUUCGUAUCAGAUUCUCAAAUAUAUCUUUGUAUACAUGAAAAGUUACCUGUAAAUGUGACGGUUAUUGUUGUAUAUAAUUUCACAAGAGAGUUCUUCGAUAUCUUUUCUAAAUAA